UCUUCGCAGCCCGAGCGCAGCACGCACACACACACACUCACGGACAUACACGGACUGGAGUGUAUCGGCACGGCUGCACACUGUUUCGCCUUAGGAAGAAGAACGCCAAUUGUUUCUUAGCAGAAUAACUUUCUUCCGCCUUGUAUGCUGGACUGAUGCGCUUGAACUGAAGAAGAGGUGUGUCCGGAAGGCCGUUUUGCUGUCGUACGUGUGAGAACGGAGCGGUAACCAUGACAGCAGUGGCUCAGGCCCCGCCCCCCUGUGGCCUCUUCCUCCUCCUCCUCCUGCUGCCCUUCGUCUUGUCCCAGAAUCCUUUGCGUUCCUCUACGCCAGACCUCGACUCAGAGACUCCGCCUUCGGAGGAGUGUAACAGACGGCAACACCCCAUCGUCUCGUUUCCAGCACUGUCUCCAUGGCUGUCGAGUUUCUCAGUUCCAGGAGUGAAUGACUACUCUCAAUUGGCCCUGGACCUCUCCAGAAACCAGCUUAUUGUUGGAGCAAGAAAUCACCUCUUCAGCCUGAGUCUGAGCAAUGUGUCUCUACUGCAGGCGACGGAGUGGGCCGUGGAUGCCGACACCAGGAGGUCGUGCCAAAGCAAAGGCAAGACUGAGGAGGAGUGCCAGAACUACAUCCGCGUGCUUCUGCUCAGCGGCAACAAGGUGUUCACCUGCGGCACCAACGCCUUCACCCCCAUCUGCUCCAGCCGACAGAUAUCUGAUCUCAGUUCGGUUCUGGACACGAUGAACGGAGUGGCGCGCUGCCCGUACGACCCGCGGCACAACUCCACCGCCAUGGUAACGGACCGCGGAGAGCUGUACGCCGCCACCGUCAUCGACUUCUCCGGCCGAGACCCGGUCAUCUACCGUAGCCUCGGCAACAUGCCGCCACUGAGGACCGCCCAGUACAACUCCAAAUGGCUCAACGAGCCCCACUUUGUGUCUGCGUAUGAGGUGGGUCGCUUCACCUACGUGUUCCUGCGCGAGACGGCGGUGGAGUACGACUGCGGCAAGACGGUGUUCUCGCGCGUGGCGCGCGUCUGCCAGAACGACGUGGGCGGCCGCUUCCUAUUGGAGGACACCUGGACCACCUUCAUGAAGGCCCGCCUCAACUGCUCGCGCUCGGGAGACAUCCCCUUCUACUACCACGAGCUGCAGAGCACCUUUUACCUGCCCGAGCAGGACCUCAUCUACGGAGUCUUCACCACCAACGUUAACAGUAUAGCGGCGUCAGCAGUGUGUGCGUUUAACCUGAGUGCGAUCGCUCAGGUGUUUAACGGACCGUUCCGCUAUCAGGAGAAUCCACGCAGCAGCUGGCUGUCCACCCCUAACCCCAGCCCCAACUUCCAGUGUGGUACGGUAGCCGACGGCAACAUGACGGAGCGCAGUCUCCAGGAUGCUCAGCGGCUCUUCCUGAUGGCUGAGGUCAUCCAGCCCGUCGCCACGGAGCCCCUGGUUGCCCAGGACAACGUGCGCUUCUCCAAACUGGUGGUGGACAUCGUGCAGGGACGAGACACACUCUACCACGUCAUGUACAUCGGCACAGAGCACGGCACGGUGAUCAAGGCUCUCUCCACCUCCAAUAAGAGCCUUCAUGGGUGUUACCUGGAGGAGAUGGAGCUCCUCCCCCCUGGGCAGCGGGAGCCAAUCCUGAACCUGCAAAUCCUGCACAGUGAUAGGUCGCUUUUUGUGGGCCUCAACAGUCGUGUUCUCAAGAUUCCACUGGAGAGAUGUUCCAACUACCCCACGAGACAAGCAUGUUUGGGGGCCAGAGAUCCAUACUGUGGUUGGGACCGCCAGCAGAAACGCUGCAGCACCAUAGAGGAGAGCGCCAGCAUGACCCAGUGGACCCAGAACAUCACAGAGUGCCCGACGCGAAACCUCACCCAAGAUGGCGGCUUUGGGCCAUGGGCGCCAUGGCAACCCUGUACCCAUGACGACGGGGAAGGGGCCAACGCAUGUGUGUGCCGCCUCCGUUCCUGCGAUAGUCCCGCCCCCCAGUGUGGAGGCGCCAAGUGUAACGGCCCGACCAUAGAGGUGGCCAACUGCUCCAGGAGCGGAGGCUGGACUCCGUGGUCGCCAUGGACGCAGUGCAGCACCAGCUGUGGGAUGGGCUUCCAGGUGCGCCAGCGCUCCUGCAACAACCCCGCCCCCCGCCACGGAGGACGCGUGUGUGUGGGACAGGCCCGCGAGGAGAGGCUGUGUAACGAUAAGACGGCGUGUCCGGUGGCCGUCUCCUGGACGGCGUGGAACUCCUGGUCCAAGUGCAGCGCAGCGUGCGGAGGAGGCGUCCACUCACGCGUCAGGAGCUGCGAGAACGGCAACAACUGCCCAGGCUGCCCUCUGGAGUACAAGGCGUGUAAUCUGGAGGCGUGUCCGGAGGUGCGUCGGAACACGCCGUGGUCGCCGUGGCUACCGGUGAACGUGACGGCGGGUGGGGCUCGGCAGGAGCAGAGGUGGCGCUACACGUGUCGUUCCUUCCUGCCCAACCCACACGAGCUGCAGCUGGGCAAGCGCAAGACCGAGACCAGGCUCUGCCCCAACGACGGCAUCACGCCCUGCGAGACCGACGCUCUGGUGGAGGACCUGUUGAGGGUGGAGAGACCUCUGCUCCGCCCCCAGGGUGCCACCUGGUCGUCUUGGGAGACGUGGUCCACCUGUUCUAAGGAGUGUGGUAAAGGGUUCCGCACACGUAAGCGGGCAUGUGCCACUCCAGAGGGCAGGAAUGCCCCCUACGCCUGCUCCGGAUCGCCCGUCGAGUACCAGGACUGCAGCCCCCAGCCCUGCCCAGUGAAAGGUGCCUGGUCGUGCUGGUCUUCCUGGUCCGAAUGUUCUGCUUCCUGUGGCGGAGGUCACUACCAGCGCACGCGCACCUGCACUAACCCCGCCCCCAAACACUCCGGAGACAUCUGCAUCGGCCUGCACACCGAGGAGGCCCUGUGUAACACUGAGGAGUGUGAAGGUGGGUGGGGUGUGUGGGCUGAGUGGGCGGAGUGUGAUGAUGACGGGCUGCAGGUGAGGUCACGCACCUGUGCUGUUAGCCCCGCCCCCUGUGUGGGCAACGCCACGGAGCAGAGAGGAUGUCCUCCUCAAGAGAGCACAGUUCUCCAGCCAGGGUCAGACAGGAGCUCACGCUGUGCAGGCUUCUCUCUGUACCACCUGGUGUUGACGGGUGUGGGUGGUUUUGUGGGGGCGGUGCUGCUGUCGCUGGUGGUGUACUUGUACCUCCAGAAGGUGCACCGUCCGUCCCAGGAGAGCGCCGUCAUCCACCCCUCCACCCCCAACCACCUGCCCCCCAACAACGACAAGUACACGCCCAUGGAGUUCAAGACGCUGAAUAAGAGCAGUAUCCUGCCGGAUGAGGGCUGUAACUUCUUCCCGUCUCCCCUGCAGCAGACCAACGUGUACGCCACCACCUACUACCCCACCCCCCUGGGCAAGUACGACUUCUCCCUGGACUCCCCCUGCAGGAACUACAUGCACAGCUGAGAUACUGCCCCCCCUCAACCAUCUAUUACCCCACCCCCCUGGGCAAAUACGACUUCUCCCUGAGAUACUGCCCCCCCUCAACCACCUAUUACCCCACCCCCUUGGGCAAAUACGACUUCUCCCUGAGAUACUGCCCCCCCUCAACCACAUAUUACCCCACCCCUCUGGGCAAAUACGACUUCUCCCUGAGAUACUGCCCCCCCCCUGAACCAUCUAUUGCCCCACCCCUCCUGG